AACCCCUCCUGUUUGAGAACCAACGCCAUCUUGAACUUGCUACCAUAACUAGGACCUGCAGAAACUGCUUUUUGUUGCUAUGAAAUAAUUAAGAUCCCAUUUAGCACAGGAGGAAGAAUUGAAGAUAUACAAGAAAGGUUGUUAAAACACCAAACAAGUCUGAUGGCAUAUAAAUAUGGACAGCACAGCCUUCGUGAACAACAUCCUCCCAGAAAGAAGGGAGAUACUGAAUGUCCCAUCCACGAGGGCAAUGAAGUAGUUUUACUUUGUCAGGACUGUGAUAUUCUUAUAUGCCUUAUUUGUCAGACUACCGCUCAUGAAAUGCACAAUGUCUCUGAAAUGUCCACGAUGAUCAGUCAACACCAGAACAAGCUUAGGGAUAUCAUUGAUAUAACUGAAAAGGUUAAAAUUCCGAACCAUACUUCAGAAAUAAAAUCAGCCAGAGAAGAACUUUCCAGACAUCAGGGUCAUUACAAAACACUUCGAAAGAACAUUCAAGAAAGAAGAGAUCUGUGUAAAAAGGAAUUAGACAACAUAACUGCAGAUCAUAUGUCAAUCUGUGACACGAUGGAGUUGGCGGCAACGGAUCUCAUCCAGACACACAUCACAAACCUGGAGAAGAGGCUGGAUACUUUGAGGAAACUCCCAUCAGAGUGUAAACAGACUCUCCAAAAAGGAAGUGCUGUUCUCUUGUAUGACUCGGUGUCGGAAAGCAAGGAAAUGGGUUCAGACAUUCCACCGACACCUAAAAUAGACUUGACAGAGUUUACUCCAUGUAAGGACAGACAAAGUCACCUGAAGCAGGCCAUGGGGGUCGUGAAAAUCCCUAUCGAACAUCUCAAGACAGAAUCAGCAACUGAAUCCAUUAAAGAUCCAGAUAUUAGAGAAAAACAGUUGAGGGAACAAUCGAGAAUAGAGGACAAACCCCCAACUGAAGAACAGAUGUCAAAUAUAGAUAUGUCAAAAGUAACACCAGGAAUUGACGAUAUCAACUCGAGCAGGCCAAACGUACCUUCCGCUGAACCUCUCAUCACUGAAGAAGAUAGAAUGGACAAAAAACCCUCAACUGGAACAGCCAUAUAUGACCUUCUUGACAGCCCAAAUAUAAUAAAUCAGAUCCCAUAUAAGAAUGACGUCACAACAAUUUGCCCUACAUCUGAUGGUGGCGCAUGGCUAAAUAAUUAUAAAAGCACCAAAAUACACCAGAUCAACAACAAAGGUGACGUCAUACAACAGAUAGAAUACGACACAUACAUAACAGAUAUCAGUUUAAACCCUAGAACAGGUCGCGUGUGGUACUGUGGCUAUGAUGAAACCGUCGGUGAAAUAUCAGCAUCAAAUAAAAUCGUCAGAUCAUUCGCUACGAAGGGUAUUCCUUACAGUCUUUGCGUGGCCAUAGGGAAUCGGUUAUUGGUUGGUACGUUGGGUGGAAAAGGGUCCGAUAUAGUAAUGUACACAAACAAUGGAGAGGUGUUACGUAGAGUUUCUUUGGAGGAGUUAAAGCAAAAGACGGUUCUGUGCAUCACGGAAUGUUCUGUCACAGGAAACAUAGCUGUAGCUGUUGGAGAAUCAGUCGCCAGAGGCAGCAGUGUUGUUGUGUACAACUCAGAAUUUCAGCCCCUGUUCCGCUAUCGGGGAGAGGGGAGACAACUACAACGGGCACCAGAUCCGUCUAAUCCCUAUCCAGAUGUAUAUCACAAUAAAUUCAAUCCAUAUACAGUUCUAUAUGACAGUAAGGGCAAUAUUGCUGUGGUUGAUAGGAGAAGGGAUACUAUAGAACUGUUAAGUGGAGGAGGGAAGUACAUAAAAACACUUCACACAAACAAAAGAGGACAGGGAGCAAUAGGUAUACAGAAGGGUGACAUUUUGUGGCUUGAGUCCGUGCUAGAUUCAGGAGAGCUGGGAAUCAAACUUCUCAGCUAUUACAGAGAAUAAGUGAAUAUCUUUUGACCAAAUGUCAUUUCGUUAAAGGUUUUAUGGCAUUUUCUUCUUAUUUUAUUUACACCAUUUAUCCUGAUAAUUUCUAUUAAUAUUUUGUCCUCAUUAUAGAAUAAUGCGAUUGAUUUUCAUUUAUUCUAGCAUCUUCUAGUAUAUCUAUAAUCAAAAUAUUUACAAUUCUUCGAUAAUAAUAGGAAGAUAAUGUGGAACGGUCCGUAGGGUCACGAAGGAUUGAAUAUUUUAUAGUUAAUCAUAUGUUUUUUUCAGUGAAAACAAGAUUAAUAUAGUGCUGUUUAUAUGGCAUGAAAAUCAGAAGUCUCGUGGGAAUCAGAAUGCAAAGUAAAUGAUGCUUUGUAGAACAAACGGACCAUUAAGAGUAAACAUAUAUCUUAUUAAAUAAGUGUUAAAUUUU